AUGAUCUCAGUGCUGCUAUCUCUCUGCGUUCUCCUAGUUCUUGUCACUCCUGGCUACUCUUUGAAAUGCGUUGAAUGCUACAACAUCACUGCACCUCAAUGCACUGGACCAACAAAGGAUUGCGAUGUCGGUAUCUGUAUGUCUGGACUCAUUUCACUUGGAGAUUACGCUCUAUUUGGGCGAUCAUGCGCACCCAAUGAGGCAACAUGUGGAAUAUCUGGGAGUAUUACGUCAACUGGAAGGGCUCUGCUCUCUACAUCUUGCUGCAAAACAGAUGGCUGCAUGCCAGAUGGUCUUAAAUUGCCAUCCAGUAGCGUGUUGAAGAAUGGUGUGACCUGUCCGACGUGCGCUUCAUCAUCUCAGAACCAAUGUAAUAUUGCAUGCACAGGAGAUGAGAAAAACUGUGCUAGUGUGGAGCUAACCACGUUGGGACCAGGUCUUGGUACUAAACUUCAAGGCUGUGCAACAGAUUCAGUCUGCAAUUUUGGAAAUCUUACAUUUGAUGUUGCUGGAGUGGUCAUGAGAUUGGGAAUUGUUUGCAAUAGUGCCUCUACUGUUGUCCUCCAGAACUGCUCCUUCUUUCUGACUUUGGGAUUUGUUAUGUUCACGACUAAACUAUUAUUAUAAAAAGUACUUCCAUAUUUACAUGGACUCGCCUACAUUAUGCAUAGGAACAUAAUGCAAUGACAAUUAUUAAGAUUUUUUUUUAUUAUUGUUUUCUAGGUACUGUGCUAUUAAAAGACUCUAAUUCUAUAUGAA